CUCUCAUUUUAUCCCUUCAGGCACACAUUUUUACAAGCACUAGCUCUUCGUGUUGGAACUUCUCUACCCACAAAUGGACCCAUUUUACUGACUCCGAUUCCCGUAGCGACCUCGAAACAAACUACCCUAUCCCCGCUGAUUAUUUCACCACUUAUUUUCAUAGUUCAGAAACCCCCUAGAUCAAAAUGGCGAACCGCGCCCACCUGCUUACGCACGUCGAAGACGCGGUCUUCAAGGCGCUGGACAUGAGCACCCCGGGUAUCGUGGAAAUGUUUUACGACACGGCUUCGAAAUGCAAGUCCGCGCAGGAAUUGGAACGGGUUCUCCGGCAGGGGCAGGACAUCCAGGGCCUGGACAAGCGGUUCUACACGCAGUUGAUGGACAUCGUGCUCAACCCCGCAAAGUAUCCGCCAAAGGCAAAAAGAUCACGCAAAGAAGAACUGGAGCGCAUGGCAGACGAGGCGCUGGAUAAGAGCCCGCUGGAUAAGAACAACGAUGAUGAUCCACUCGGGAUACUAGACAACAAUAAAAAGUCACCACGAGAACUAGAUACCCCUCCGGGUAGCAAAAGGCCAAAAAUGGUCACCGAAGUGGACCACAAGAUCGACGCGGAGGCGGACGCACAGGAGCUCGCGGACUUGAACUCGAGAUUGAAGGGAGAGAAAAAGAAGAAGGAGAAGCAGGAAAAGAUCAGCUCCAUGGGCAACAUAACGUUCCGGAACGAGGACGAAAGGAGACUGGCGAUUGAAAUGCACAAAAAGGAAACGAGAUACAAGUACUUAUCCGAGCGGGAGGGGCAACAGUUGGAACUCCAGAAACGGUUGAUCACCGCCCAGAAGGAAUUGAUGCAGCACGAAAAUCUCACGGAGGCGGAGGUGUUGAAGAUGAAACUGCAGGAGGAGAUGUACGAGAAGGCGGUCGAGCACAAAAAGAAGAGGGAACAGGGCUUAGCCUACGACGGGUACGCACUCCCCGAUAACAAGGAUGGCGAAUCUGCUGCGUCUCGGCUGGGGAUGUUGAAUCAGGGCCCCGGGGCCUACAAGGGCGGCCGGGACGCGGAGGGCGGUUUCGACGGGACCGGGCGGACCGAACAAGAGAAGUUCGAGCAGGACAUGAUAAAACGCGCGAUGGGGACGUUCAAGAAGGGAAUGAACGAAGAGGAAAAAGCGGGGUAUGAUCUGAUCAUGGAGAAUCAAGUGGAGUUUGAAAUGCUCGAAACCCACGGCGGGAACUACAAAUCCAAGGACGACGCAAGUUCCACUGCUAGUACGUUUGCUGCGUUGGCGUCAAUGAAAAAUGCGGAGGGACAGGAUUUGAACAAGUACGACCGAUCGCGGGACGAGCGCGUCGCGAUGGCCAAGGCGGAAGUGCAGCGGAAAAGAGCAAAGUUGAUGGAAGGCAGACGGCAAUUGCCCGUUUUUCAGUGGCGGGAUCAGUUGAUAGAAGCGGUGAAAGAGAAUCCAGUGUUGGUGCUGCAGGGGGAAACGGGGUCCGGGAAAACCACGCAAGUGCCGCAGUAUUUAGUGGACGAGGGCUUUGGCGGGUUCGGGAAGAUCGGCUGCACACAGCCAAGAAGGGUCGCCGCGAUGUCCGUCGCGGCGCGCGUGGCGGAGGAGAUGGGCGUGAAGCUCGGGCACGAGGUCGGGUACACGAUUCGGUUUGAGGACUGCACAAGCGAUAAAACUAUUGUCAAGUACAUGACGGACGGUAUGCUGUUGCGCGAUUUCCUCCGCGAGCCGGACCUUUCCACUUACGCAGUCUUGAUUAUUGACGAGGCGCACGAGAGAACACUGCAGACGGACAUAUUGUUCGGGCUAGCGAAGGACAUCAUCCGGUUCCGACAAGAUUUCCGGUUGAUCAUCUCCUCCGCGACUUUAGAUGCGGAGAAGUUUUCCAAUUACUUCGAUGGUUGUCCGAUUUUCUCCGUCCCGGGGAGGAAAUUUCCAGUCUCCAUCCACUACACGAAAGGCCCCGAAGCGAACUACAAGAUGGCGGCGGCACACACUGUGAUGCAAAUCCACUUGACGCAGCCCAUGGGGGAUGUUUUAGUCUUUCUCACCGGUGUGCAAGACAUUGAGGAGGUGAACGAGCUGAUUCAGAAGAAGAUGGCCACGCUUGGAAACCGAGUGCCGGAGUUGAUCACCUGCCAAAUUUACGCAAAUCUCCCAACCGAGUUGCAAGCAAAAAUCUUCGACCAAACACCCGAAGGCGCACGGAAAGUCGUGUUAGCGACGAACAUCGCGGAGACUUCGAUCACAAUUGACAACAUUGUCUAUGUGAUUGAUAUUGGGUUCUGCAAGCAGUCUUCUUUCCAGCCGAAAACCGGGAUGAGCAGCCUCCAGGUCGUCCCGGUCUCCAAAGCCGCCGCAAACCAGCGCGCCGGUCGGGCCGGUCGUGUGAUGCCGGGAAAGUGUUUCCGCCUGUUCACGAAGUACGAGUUUGAACAGAAUUUAGACGACAGCAACACCCCAGAAAUCCUUCGCGCGAACAUUUGCAACGUGGUUUUACAACUUCUCGCGUUGAACGUGAAGGACAUCAUGCGGUUCGACUUCAUGGACCCGCCGCCGACGGAUUUCUUAGUGAAAUCACUGGAGCAGCUGUAUGGGUUAAUGGCCUUGAACCAGAACGGGGAAUUGACGACUCUCGGGCGGAGAAUGGCGGAAUUUCCACUCGAGCCCAUGAUGGCGAAAGCGUUGAUUUCCGCACAGAAGUACCUGGUCGUCGACGAAGUAGUGACGAUUUGCUCGGUUCUUUCCAUGGGCGAUUCCCUGUUCUUCCGACCGAAGGAAAAAGCGGUGCACGCAGAUAACGCGAAGAAGAAUUUCCACCGGCCCGGCGGCGACCAGUUCAUGCUUUUGAACAUCUACAAGCAGUGGGAAGACACGAAUUACAGUCAACAGUGGACGGUGGAGAAUUAUUUGCAAUACCGCCCAUUAAACCGAGCGAGAGACAUCAGAGACCAAUUAUUGCAGUUGUUGGAAAAAGUCGACAUUGAAGUGACCAGCAACCCGGCAAACGACGAGGGAAUCAGGAAGUCACUUCUUUCCGGUUACUUCUGGCACUGCGCGCGACUCAACAAGAACGGGUCGUACACGACUUUGAAAAACCCGCAUUCCGUCGAAAUCCACCCGUCGAGCUCAAUAUUGGAGUUCAAGCCGAAGAUGAUCUGCUACUACGAAUUGUGGAAGACGGAAAAGGAGUACAUGAGGGAAUGUUUCGAGGUGCAGGCGAAGUGGCUCGCGGAAGUGGCACCCUACUACUACAGCAAAACAGAGCUGAAAUUGGAGGACGACGCGAAAGUAAAACCAAAAAACAUGGGAACGAGCUCGAUGAAGUAAGAAAUGUACGAAUCGAAGCGUGAGGAUAAAAAGAACUGUAUAGGAAAAAACAAAAACUACAAAGCGAACAUAGUAUCAUUUUAUGAACAUAGAAACGUUCACAAUGAACGUCGAGCGAUCUUCUGAAAAAAGAA